AUAGGCGUGUUCAAAGGUUCCUCUGCGCGCGGCACGUCGAAAUAAAGUCCCUCCGUUGAAAAGUGUUGGUAAUGGAGUUUCGUUGUGCAGCGCACGACUAGUUCGGGUUUAUUGUAUGCCUAGCAUUUUUUGUGUAAGAAUGAGUAGCCUUGCACAGACACUAUCUGAGUGUUCCUGUCACGCUCGACGGCUACAACUUUGAUGACGAGGAUCCUGUGGUGGCUAUCCUGAAAGAAUGCGUUGAUUUUGUGAACCUUCCGGACACUUCCGGGUACGUCACGACAUUGCAGGCGCACUCGGAAAACGCAAAGGUGAUUUGCGACAUGUGUUGGGAAGAUGUUGAACAUUGGUGACUGGAAGAAUGUCCCGCUACAUUGGAGGCAGAUGUACAGCUUUGGAAGCUUACUAAAAGCACUCUGCGAACUUGGGCUGGAGAAACCGAUGAAGGAUAUUCUGCACUCCUGUGACAUGGGUCUUAUAAUGGGGGCUCCUGUAAUGGACAAUAUACUGGCAAAGCUGGCCAGUAAAGUCCAUAAGGAAUUACCAGAGUUGAUUCCUUCAGCACUUCUUGAGAAGGUAGACUGCCAGGAGCCUCACUCCAUGACCUUGAAGUUUCGUUUGAGUCGCAUUGAAUGCCCAUCUUUGGAACAAUUUAUGAAUACAUAUUUACUUACAGAGAAGCCUGUGAUUAUAACCAAAGGGAUGGACCACUGGCCUGCAUUGUCGACACGACCAUGGAGCAUAAAGCACCUUGUGAGUAUUGUAGGUGGCCGCACUGUGCCUGUAGAGUUGGGGAAUAAGUACACUGAUGAGGACUGGUCACAGAAGCUCAUGACCCUGGCAUCUUUUGUCCGCACCUAUAUUCUGAAAGAGGACGGCCCGGAUGUAGGGUUGGGAUACAUGGCUCAGCAUCAGCUAUUUCAUCAGAUUCCCGAGUUGCAAAAUGACAUAUGUGUGCCAACUUACUGCAGCCUUUCGGAAAAAGAGGAAGUCGAGCCAGACAUAAACCUUUGGUUUGGCCCUGAAGGCACUGUUUCUCCCUUGCAUCAUGAUCCCAAAAACAAUCUUCUGGCACAAGUGUUUGGAGAGAAGUACAUUCGCCUCUAUGAAAAAUCGCAGACUGGUUUCCUGUAUCCUUACGAAGAGAGGCUGCUUGAAAAUACAAGCCAGGUGGACGUCGAGCAUCCAAAUCAUGAAAAGUUCCCGUCGUUUGGAAGAGCAAAGUACACAGAAUGUGUGCUGAGACCUGGUGAAAUGCUGUUCAUUCCUCCAAAGUGUUGGCACUUUGUACGCUCUCUUUCUCCAAGCCUCUCCGUAAGCUUUUGGUGGGAAUCAUGAACUGUACAGUUAGACGUGCUUAUAACGAACCUCCAUAUAACGAAUUCCUUGAUAUAACGAAGUUUUUCUAUUCUCCGUCGCCGCUCCGUAGAAGCAUAUGUAUUUGCGACCUCUAUGUAACAAAGCAGCAGCAGAACAACCUUUAUACAGUCGAAACCCGCAAUAAUGAAGCCCCGCAAGUGCGAAAUCCCCGCGAAAACGAAAUAUUUCCGGAUUCCUGGCGAACGUUCA